UGAACAAGACCGCGUAUUAUACGCGUAGUGUAACCUGCCAAGGGAACGACGGACUCUUAAACACGUCGCGACACGAACCGUGUUUUCGAAUCGCAUCCAUUUUAUUUUUACCGUACGGCACAAUCCAUCCCGCGAAUCCAUAGAGAACCGUCGAUCGAAAUAAACGGGAAAGACGGAGAGGGAGGAGACAGGGGGACGCGCUUGCGAUCGAUCGAGCUUUCCUGCGGCCGAUGCGCGAUCGCUGAUCGCGGCUGAUCACGCUGAAUUUGAGCGCCGCUGAAUUUUACCGCGUGAAAUUUUCAAAGUACGUUGACGCACUCUGCCGUGGGCAACGCGAGUAACGGGCACACGAUGAUGCGCGAGUGAAUGCGCGGCGGCACGUUCAAUUUUUACGCCCCUGCCGGUUAGUAUAUCGUGGAAUUUCACGGUCGGCGAGUCAACGGCCUUAUCGCGGAGCGUUUUAGGUAUCGGGAUCGAACUGUACUUCUUUUUUCUCCUUCGAUAUCGCGCGCGCGCGCGCGUUUCCAUUUUCAUCGGAGUCAAUCAGCCGUGGAAUCGGAUUACAAAUUACUGGAUAGUUUGCAGAACGAUAAGCUACGGUGAAAUAAAAGAAAAAGAAAGUAAUCGCGACGGGAAACAGGAAGGAAGAGAAAGAAGAAAAGAAGAGGGCGCCAGUACCAGAUAUAUAUCGGCGAGUGUGACUGGACGGAAAGACGUGGGCGAUUCCCAAGUACCGGCCUCUUGGACCGUCGGGUCGUUAGGCGUGUGUCAGUGAGUAUGCGGAGGCGAACCUAAUCCAUUCGUCGAGUGCGUACUAUCGAUCAAGGAGUAAUCGGUUUUAAAGAGGAUCCGACUCUCUCUUACUCUCUGUACUAUGCACGCGUGAUCCACAGAACAGUGAUACACGUUCGUAAUCUUCCCGCUCGCGUACAUCGCAAGGCGAUCCAGUUCCGACGGGCGUGAGUUCGAAGAACAAUUGUAGUGCCGAAAACUUAGUCGUGUCGACGGAAGAUCCGACGGGUCCUCAGAGAAGAUACCCAAACGACAGAAAAUCGGAAGUGAUCGUGCCGCGUGUUGGAAGUGAUUCUAUGCGUCAAGAUGAUGGAGACACAGAAUUAUUGGGAGGACAACUCCGCUCAUUCGAUGCAGGUGAAAUACGAGAGUUUGGACGGUAGAUCGUGCAAAGACGAGAUCUGCCGAAUGGGAAUUGGCGCCGGCUACUGCGAGGGAAAUCUGAAUUUCGCCACGGCCUCGGAGGAUGACGAGGUCUACACCAAGAAGAAGGUAUCUAGGCAAGAUCCGAUGUCUCAUAGGAUCAUCGAGAAACGGAGAAGGGAUCGCAUGAACAACUGCUUGGCGGAUCUGAGCAGGCUCAUACCGGCCGAGUAUCUGAAGAAGGGCAGAGGUCGCGUAGAAAAAACGGAGAUCAUCGAGAUGGCGAUCCGUCAUAUGAAGCAUCUUCAAAGUCUUCGACAAGACACGAAGCACCCCGCGGUGACGUCAGCGCCCACGCACCCCGAGGACAGCGUGGACAGCGUCUCCCACUCGACGGUGACGUCCACCGCGGCCGAACACUAUAGGCUGGGUUUCCAAGAGUGCCUCAGCGAAACGAUGCACUUCCUCGUGGAGGUGGAAGGUUUCUUCGCUAGGGACUCUCUCUGUGUGCAGCUGAUCAAUCAUCUGCAACAACACUGCGAGAGGAUCUUGGCCACCAGCGACAGGCUAGGCUUCCCUCAUCCGGAGAUGCCAACCUCGAACGGCACCGUGAACGGCGGCUACGCUCACACCAGCAUUCCCACGAUAUGUCAGCCGAACGCUCACUCGGACCAAGGCUCGAGUUCCGGCGUGAGCUCGUUCGGGGACCCGGAGCGUCCGUUGCAGUCGACGAUCAUACCGCCGCCGGUGAUCGUCAGCGACGACAGCAAUCACAGCACCCAUUCGCACAGCACGCCGCCGACCACCAGCUGCAAGCCCUCCAAUUACAAGUUCAAGAGCUCCAUCAAGCAAAGGUUCUCCGCGGAAAGGAUAAAGUCGAGCCCGCCGCCGACGACCGCCGCGGAGAAGCCGUCGUCGUCGCACGGGGUGCCGAUCUUCGCUCUGCACGACGGCGGAGCCUUCUACGUCCCGCUGACGGUCGAAGCGUCCUUGCUCAGGCCUCAUCUGAACUUCAUCCCGGACACUGGCCCGGACACGGUCCUGCAUCCGGUGACAAUCUCGGUGAACUUCAAUCAGUCGACUCCGCCGGCGUGGUCGAAUCACCAUAGCCCCACGCAUCAGCAGACAUAAGACAGCGAGACGCUUUCCGACUUCUUUUUCUAUUCUCUCGCGCGACUCGACGGCCCGUCGACUCGCCGACGCGUCCACCGUGCUCCGUGCACAUUGGACACUCUCGACGGAGCUGAGCGACUCGUCGGCGAGAGGGUCGAGAGUCCAGGUUUCGAUCGUUCUCUCGGAGACGACGAUCGGCGAUCAACCGAAUACUAGGCGAUCCGGGUAUUUCGGGUGAUCGAUGGCGUUCCACGGCGGAGAGGAACCGCCGCUACGAGGUCGUGGUUUAAGUUUCUUUCUGGUUCUUUAGUUCGUAAGAAUUCGACGAACACUGCUUAUUACCGUACCCGUUUCGCGAAGGAUGGAGGUGUCGAGGAUAUUUUUGUAUAUUUACCGAGGCUGUGGGUUGUCUUAGCAUUUACAUGGUUCGAGAGACGGAGCGAUAGAGAUUCGAGGUAGAGAUAGAGUAUUAGGGCGCGGAGCCCCUCCCGGUUACUUUUAGCUUCGGUGUGCCUUUUCUUUCUUUGCGUAGGUCAAUCGUUGUACCGACGAGUCCCGUUUCCUCCUCGUUCUUCCGUUUCUUCCUUUGUUUUUCUUUUUUUCAAUUUCCGCGAGUCGUUUCACCCUCGUCUCUUUUCGUUUCCAUCCUCCUCCAUCUCCGUUCCGUUUGUUUCUACGUACUUUGAUUCUAGUUCUGUUUUUUUUCCUUCCGGAUCCGUUCUCUCACUUUUUUUUUUAUUGUUUCUUCGAUCCGACAAACGCGUCGCGGUGCCGCAACUUCGGCACGGAAUUCUAAAGCGUCGUCGACGUUCGCCAAUUAGUAUUAUAAAAGUUCGUUCUCUUUUUCUUUCUCUGCCUCUUUCUCCCUCUUUCUUUCUUUCUCCGACAUCGCGAACGAUCGUGCGACGCGUUUAUCGACAAGAACGCGAACGGAUCGCGCUUUCGCGACGCGUUCGGUCGAUCGACGGAAAUUUCUUUCUUUUCGAGACGCGAGGGCGACCGAGAGAAGUGCCUACACGCUGUUCUGUUUCAAUCGAUUCCAAUUCAUGUGAUUAGUCCCGUAUGUACGAAGAAGAAAAAGAAGAAGAAAGUGUUUAGUUUCCGCGAAUAAUUGUGUGUCACGUGUUCGAUCGCGAAAACGUGGAUCGAAACUGCUCGACGCCCCGGCAAUACGGGCCUCGGCAAUCAAAGACUGACCAAGACCUGCAUUACACUAAAUUCUUGUAAGAUCAUUGCAUUAAAUAUAUAUAUUUGUACAUACCAUGUCUAGUUGUAACGUUAAUGAAGAAUUUAUGCGGAAUAAAUUAUAUUUACCAUAA